AUGAUUUCCUAUGAUCGUGAACCCACUGUGAAACCUCUACGUAAAUGGAAGGCUCAUUCGUUAGCUAUUCAUGGCUUGUCAGUCACAGAUGGAGCUAAUCCCCGCGUGGCCAGUUGUGGAUUGGAUCAUGUUGCUACCAUUCACUCAGUUUCGCUUGAUGAGGUCCUAUUAAAAAUAUCAGCAGAUCGACCACUUACAGCUUGUGAACUGGAUCCUGCUGAAACGCGAUUGUUCCUCGGAUCGGACACGGGGAAUAUCGCUCAGAUUAAUCUCUAUGCUCUGGAAAACGCAAGAGAUUUGUUAAUACAAGUCGCAGAUGAGAAGAAUGAGCGUGUACCUGUCUUCUGUGGUCAUUCUAGUGAAAUCACCAGGUUAGCUGUGAAUGGUGACGGAUCGUUGUUGGCUUCAGGUGAUUCCUCUGGCAAAUACUGUAUAUGGGAAAUCAAUAGCAGGCAGUGUUUGAAGGUGUCCUCAAUGCGUGGUCCAGUCUCGUCUCUAAAGUUUGUGGCGAACUGGCCCAGCAUACAUGCGGCAGAGCAUAUUUCUGCUCAUCCCAAUUUUGAAUUGCAAAGGAAUCUAACCAAAGGCGAGAAAAUCCCCAUGAGAGCAUGUGCUGGAAUUGACGUCAAUAAGGAGUUUUGGCAUGAUGAAGUAGACCACCUGCUGGACGCUGUUCUUCAAAAUACCGCUUCGCCUGCUGGAAGUUCCGACCCCAAGCAGAAGAAGAAGAAAAAGAAGCGAAAAUUAGAUGUGGAAACGAAUGGUAAGGAGGAAUGA